AGCCCGCGGCCCGGCCGCCGCCGCCAGGUUGUGCCUGAGACUGUCAGAUAAAGCGGCGGGCCGGCGGGAGGGGCGGCGGCGAUCACGGCCCGGGCCGGACAUGGCGGCGCUGUACGCCUGCACCAAGUGCCACCAGCGCUUCCCCUUCGAGGCGCUGUCUCAGGGGCAGCAGCUGUGCAAGGAAUGCCGGAUUGCUCACCCUGUUGUGAAGUGUACCUACUGUAGGACCGAGUACCAGCAGGAGAGUAAAACCAAUACAAUUUGCAAGAAGUGUGCUCAGAAUGUACAGUUGUAUGGAACGCCUAAGCCUUGUCAGUAUUGCAACAUAAUUGCUGCAUUUAUUGGGAAUAAAUGCCAGCGCUGCACAAAUUCAGAGAAGAAGUAUGGACCCCCAUAUUCCUGUGAACAGUGCAAGCAGCAGUGUGCAUUUGACAGGAAGGAUGAUCGAAAGAAGGUGGAUGGGAAGUUGCUAUGCUGGCUGUGCACGCUGUCGUACAAGCGUGUCCUUCAGAAGACCAAAGAGCAGAGGAAGCACCUGAGCAGCUCUUCUCGAGGCAGCCAUCAGGAGAAGGAGCAGUACAGCCGCCUGAGUGGAGGCAGCCAUUACAACAGCCAGAAAACACUUUCUACAUCUUCAAUUCAAAAUGAAAUCCCAAAGAAAAAAUCCAAGUUUGAGUCAAUCACAACUAACGGAGACAGCGAUGCUUCCUCUCAUGAGCUGCAUUGUCCUAAUACUCAGAGCCCGUCUGUGUUGGUGCAGUGGGCUGCUUCCCAACAGAGUCUUGGAGCCAUCCAUUUUCCUGUUUCUCCAGGCCCAGGCAUCCUGAACUUUUCUCCAGACCUGGCUCUGGAUUCCCCAGGCACUGACCACUUUGUCAUCAUUGCUCAGCUGAAGGAAGAGGUGGCCACUCUGAAGAAGAUGCUGCAUCAGAAGGAUCAAAUGAUCCUAGAGAAAGAGAAGAAGAUCACGGAGCUGAAGGCUGAUUUUCAGUACCAGGAGUCUCAGACUCGGGCCAAAAUGAACCAAAUGGAGAAAACCCACAAGGAGGUCACAGAGCAACUGCAGGCCAAAAACCGAGAGCUUCUGAAACAGGCAGCUGCCUUGUCCAAGAGCAAGAAGUCUGAGAAGUCAGGCACCAUAACGUCUCCGUGAAGACGUGAGGAGGCUCCCAGCACCAAGCCCGUGCUCCCGGGUCAGGGCUGCUGAGCUGGCUGGUCUCUGGGAAGUGUGCUUCCUACAAAAUCUCUAUAUUUUCUUACCUUACCCUCUUUGUUCGGAUGCAGUGGGCUGAAAGGAACUCCUGGUCUGUGCCCUGUUAUGGCUGCAUGCUGAGCGGUUAGGGUCCCAGACCUCCUCCUUUCCUCCUCCCACUCCCCGCCCCCGUGGCCCCCCCCUCUCUGUUUUAGUACUCUGUUUUCCAUAGUGGUCACUGCUCAGUGUCACGUGCAGAGUGUCUGUCCACCAUCACACCUGCCAUCCCCGUGAGCAAGCAGUCUGUCGUCAGCUGUACAUCACUGCCGCUCCCAACCUCGAAAACUGCCACCUGGAGACUCUGUGCAGUGAGGGAGGCUUUUUCUCACCAAUAAACCUUUUGCUUCAGGGUAUACUCUUGGGUUUUUUCCAGGUAUAUUAUGUAUGACCUUUGUACAAUGUAUAGACAGAGUUUUAUUUAUUUUUUAAAAAGGAAACCUUUUCUUGAUAAAGGAAUGAUGGUAGCCUAGCUAGUUCUUGUAAAAGUGAUGCCUCUUUGAAAAAAGAAAAAAAAACAAAAAACAAACCCAGUCCCGUUUGCUAGCUUUUAGUAGAAGAACGCAACCUUUUCUUUCUCAUUGCCUUAGAGUCUUGAUGCUGAGGUAAUGUUGGAGGCGUACGUGUGGAGCUAAGUGCCUUUUGGAGGACCCCAUGGAAGAGCGUGUGAGGAGAGGCUUAAGGACGGUUGCUGAGUAUGGCCAGUCUGUCUUUAAGUAGGGCAGAAAGAUGCUUGUCCAGGUUGUACUGGACACUUCCUCCUCUACCCACCCCUCCUCCUCCUUCUACAUAAUUUUAAAUUCCCACACUGCCACUUCUUUUUUAAAAGUAUUCCUGUUUCUUGCUACAUCAGCUGUCGUACCACGUUGUUAUCACAACCUGGAUCUUUGGUUUUGUUUUUUAACUUGAGCAGAUUCAAGCGGGAUAAGACGUGAACUACUGAGCAUUUCCGAGGGUUGGCAUGGGUUGCUUGGGUGUGGGCUGCACGGUGGGGAGGACCUCACUGUUCCUUCCUUUCUCUCCCUCAUCCCGCGUGCUCCCUGUUCUUAAUGGAAAGUCAGAAAGCACGCGCUUCUGGGAGCCGAAGGGUGUGCCCUUAUCCCUGUCUGACUCAGUAGUUGUGGGAAGGAGCUGCGCCCCUCCAUCUUUGGGAAAGGAACUAGAGAUGGGGAGUAUGUGCUGGGACACAGAGCAAACCCUGCAGUGAGUGCCAGCGGUGCUGGAGCUAGAGCGGAUCCUGAAGGCAGUGACAUUGGGACAGUCAGGGUCACUGUUCACCUGCUCUGUAGUCUGGGAUUACGUUCUCCAAAGAGUCACAUGCACACAGGUGAGCAGCGGUCCGCACUCGAGUGGCUCUUCCCGACAGGAGAUUCGAAGGACUGUGUUUUUGUAACACUGGUCGGGAGUGCAAUUUUCCCUUCUAAGCAGGGAAAGCUGCUGUGCUAAAUCAUUUUGUAACUUUCCGAAUGAGAGACUUCGGUAAAGAUAAACUCGUUCAGUAUUUUUCAAAUGCAUUUGCAUUGGCUGUGGGGAAAAGAUGGUAGGAAAAGAAUAACAGUCAUGGUUUCGUCAAUGAAAAGUAAGACUGAGAAAUUGUUGGUGUGGUGUGACAAUAUACAAAGGCUUACUUAGUUUUAUACUAAACCUUUUUUAAGGUCUUAGCAUUUAAUAUUCAGCAAAUCCACACAUUUUCUAAACUACCACAAGCUCCUGAAAGAUAGAGGAACCUCAGUCCUGAAAUGGUGAUUUUUUUUUUAAAUCAUGACAGCAUUUUACCAUGUAAUUGAGUAACUUUUGGUAACACCUUCUGCUUCUUUGUAUGUUUGUAAUAAUGGACAUUUUAAAACAUAGGAAUGUUUGCUUUGUACAGACUUUGACAAAUGUGUGUUAAUAAAACUUCAUACUGACUCAGA